UUUUUUUUUCUGGGUGUUUGUUCUUUUGCUGAUUGGUUUUGUUUUUGUGUAAUUUUUCGUCUAAAAGUUCCCAUUCUGCGUGAAUUUGCUUUUGGAAUAUUCUAGAUCUACUGCUUAUUUGCUUUAGAUUUUCAUGUUGGCUUUCCCCCCCAUUUGAUUAUUCCCCACCAUGUUUCUGGAUCGACAUCUUUCAUUAAUGAGUCUGAUACUCUGGGUUCUGUUUUUAUCCUUUUUUUCUGGGUGUUUGAUCUUUUGCUGAUUGGUUUUGUUUUUGUGUAGUUUUUCGUCUCAAAGUUCCCAUUUUGCGUGAAUAUUCUUUUGGAAUAUUAUAGAUCUACUACCUCUUUGCUUUGGAUUUUCAUGUGGCCUUUUUCCCCCAUUUGAUUAUUCCCCUCCAUGUUUUUGGAUCUUCUCCUUCGAACGUCAAGACAAUUUGUACACUUUUGCUCGUAAGGUUAAAAAGGUUUAUAUUUAAUUCAUCCUGUCCUGUAGUCUCUGGAAGUGUUAGGUGUUCCUAUUGGUUACGGUUAUUUGGUUCAGAGAGAGAGAGUGAUGGCUUCUCAUCGUCAUUUCAUAAUAUGCGUCUUGUAUAUGGCAUUGUAAUUUGGUGUUUUUUGUGUAAUAUGUUGAGUGUUGUGCAGAGGUUCAGACAAGUAAUAGUCUUGAUUAGAAAUUAUGGAGUCACAUCUUGCUGAUGAUCUCCAUUUGAAGUGUUUUCUAACUUUGUCAGAAGACUGCCUUCUGUGCCACACUGAGUGGCAACACUAUCAUGGCAUCUGGCAAUCCUUUAUUUGAUGACAUGAGAAGUAAGCCAGAGGUUAUUGAUCCUCCUCAAAAUGAAGACAUGAUGGAUGUUGGUGAAAGUGUGAAUGAUCCUGCUCAGACAGCUUUGAAACCUAAUGUGACGGUGUCUAGCAGUGUCCGCGAAUUGUUAGAGUGCCCUGUGUGCUUAAAUGCUAUGUAUCCUCCUAUUCACCAGUGCUCAAAUGGUCAUACAUUAUGUUCUGGCUGCAAACCCAGGGUUCAUAAUCGGUGCCCCACCUGCAGGCAUGAACUUGGUAACAUCAGAUGUCUUGCAUUAGAGAAGGUUGCAGCAUCUCUUGAACUUCCGUGUAAAUAUCAGAGUUUCGGGUGCAUGGGCAUAUACCCAUACUACAGCAAGUUAAAACAUGAAUCACAGUGUGUUUUUAGACCAUAUAACUGCCCCUAUGCUGGAUCAGAAUGCACAGUGAUAGGUGAUAUUCCUUAUCUGGUUGCCCACUUGAAGGAUGAUCACAAAGUUGACAUGCAUAAUGGUAGCACUUUCAAUCAUCGAUAUGUCAAAUCGAAUCCACAUGAAGUUGAGAAUGCAACAUGGAUGCUAACGGUUUUUAGCUGCUUUGGUCAAUAUUUUUGUCUACAUUUCGAAGCUUUCCAGCUGGGUAUGGCCCCUGUCUACAUAGCAUUCUUGAGGUUUAUGGGUGAUGACAAUGAAGCAAAGAACUAUAGCUACAGCCUGGAAGUGGGUGGGAAUGGAAGGAAGAUGAUAUGGCAAGGAGUGCCUAGGAGCAUAAGGGACAGCCACAGAAAGGUGCGUGACAGUUUUGAUGGUCUCAUCAUUCAGCGAAACAUGGCUCUUUUCUUCUCUGGUGGAGACCGGAAGGAAUUGAAGCUUAGGGUGACUGGUAGGAUUUGGAAAGAGCAGUGAGGUGAUAUCUUUCCAUUCUGUUGAGUAACCAGAGGUAGUAAAUUGGUUUUGCAGUGUGACGAGUCUUCUGAUCAUGUAUUCUUUGAGUUGUAAGAAGGCAAACUCUCUUUGCUUGUCCAUGCACCAAAUACAUGAAUGGGAGACAUGACGCGUUUAUGCCUGCAGCGAUAAUAUUUAAUUAGAUUUAGAUGUGCUAUUCUGCACUGCCAUAUGUAGCAAUUCAUGGACCACAAAUGUGUGCGUUGAAUUAGUUAAUGCAUGAACUUAUCGUGGAGCCAUCUACUUGAAAUUUUGCUUUUAGUUUC